AUGUUAGAAAACAAAAGAAAAGAAUAUAUUCAGUUAUCAGUAGCCAUAACAAGAGCCAAAAAAGCCGGUAAGAAUAUCACCGAAUUAUUAAUCCAAAGGCAAAAGUUAAUCAGUGAAAGACCCAACCAAACUAAAUCACGGGAACAAAUUAACCGCAAUUAUUACCGAAAGAACAAAGAAAUUUUACAAAAGCAAGCAAGAAGCAAAAAGGAGGAGGAAAAAGAACGAGAACAAGAAAGACGAGAACAAGCAGUAAAAGUAUUAGCCACGAAACUUUACGAGGUUAACAACAUUAAAGUUUUAAUGUCUUUUAAAGCAUACACGGAAUUAAGCAAAGAAAAAAAGAAACUGGAAGAAGCCGAUAAUUUAAUCAGAGAUUACCGGGAGACGGCCACAAACAAAGAAAGAAGCGAUGAAAGAA